AAGACGACCAUAAAGUUCAUCAAGUCAACUUCACUCAUCACCACCACCACACGAUCCAAGGACUUGCCUUAGCUUCUGCUACAGAAACCCAGAGAGUACUUUGCAAACUGCUAACCCUUCCCUCUUCCAUCGCCUUUCUUUCUUCGUUCUGAAUUCUGAUCUGCUUCACUUGAGAUCCACCAAUCAUGGCUGAAAAACUCUACGGUGGAGCAUACCUCUCUCCCCUUGUUGAUGCUGUUUUGGACAACACGACUUCAAUACUUGAAGAAGACGACUCUUUCCUCGAAAGGAACAACUUGCUUGUUAGGUUGCAGAAUUGUCUGUAUGAUGUUGCACCUGUUCUUGAUGAUGCUGAGCUGAAGCAGUUCACUGACAAGAAAGUCAAGAAGUGGCUUGUUGAUCUCCAAGAUGCUCUCUAUUUCGCUGAUGACUUGCUCGACGAACUCUCGACUAAAGCCGUUAUUGCUGCCACUCAAAAGGAUCCAGGUAACUCUUCUUCCUGGUCUUGUCUUGUUGAUUCGUAUAUUGAAGAUAAUGGAGACAUGGAAAAAGUGGUUGGCAAACUAGAGUCCAUUGUAAGACGCAAACAUUAUCUUAGUCUGGAGAAGAGUGCCAAGGUGGACAUGUCAUGGAGAAUUCCAUCCACAUCUCUCCUUGAACCAUCGGAGAUAUGUGGCCGGAAAGAAGACAAGGAGGCCAUACUGAAACUGUUGUUGGAUGAUGAUGAUGCUACUGAUGGUGAUUUAUCUGUCAUUCCCAUUGUGGGCAUGGGCGGAAUAGGAAAGACCACUUUGGCCCAAUUGGUUUACCAUGAUGACAAAGUGGAGAAGAAUUUCAAAUUUCAAGCUUGGGUAUGUGUGUCAGAAGAGUUUGAUAUUGUCAAGGUCACCAGGACUAUAAUCGAGGCAAUAACUUCGAGUUCUUGUAACUUGACAGAUUUGAAUUUACUUCAGCAUGAUUUAAAGGAAAAGUUGUCUAGGCAAAAGUUCUUUGUUGUCUUCGACGAUGUCUGGAAUGAAAAUUAUGAUGAUUGGAAUAGGCUUCUAAAACCUUUCCAGAAAGGGGUUAAGGGAAGUAAAAUUCUCAUAACUACUAGAAGUAAAAAGGUGGCUUCUCUAGUGCAAACCGUUUCACCUCUUGAACUAAGUUCAUUGUCUGAUGAAGAUAGUUGGUUGGUGUUUUCAAAGCAUGCAUGUCUUUCAACUAUUUCUAUGGAGAAUCCAACCCUGGAAAAUGUCGGCAAAGAGAUCGUAAAGAAGUGUGGUGGAUUGCCCUUGGCAGCUCAAGCUCUUGGAGGUUUAUUGCGUGGAAAUUCUGAUAUCAAGUAUUGGAAUCAUAUACUGAAGAGUGAGAUCUGGGAACACUCCGAUGGCAAAAUAAAUGUUGUUCCAGCAUUAAAAAUGUUAUUACUUUCUUCCUUCAUAUUUGAAGGAAUGCUUUGUUUAUUGUUCCUUGUAUCCCAAGGACUACGAAUUUAGCAAAGAUGA